AUGGAUGCAUUUAUCAUGCUUCUGCUACUCCUGAUCUUCCCUCAAGCUGAAGUCCGAUUGGGUCUUGUUACCUGUGGCAUGAAUGAUCCCUUUCUCAUCCAGCACCAGUUUCACCUGCCUGGGGACAUCAUCAUUAGUGGGAUUGUUUCUCAGCUCUUUGCCCCUACCUACGCUUCAUUUCGCUUCACUGAGAAACCCCAGGGAAAGCAUUUAAAUGAAUAUACCAUGGUGCCAAAGAACUACCAGCAUGUUCUUUCCUUGGUGUUUGCUGUGAAAGAGGUAAAUGAGAAGAGCAAGAUUUUAUCCAAUGUCACCUUGGGUUUCCACAUAUAUGAAAGCUAUUUCAGUGCAAUGAUGACUUACCAGAACACACUGAACCUUCUCUUUACUCAGGAUAAAACUGUUCUUAAUUACAAAUGUGACUUCCAGAAGAAUCUGAUAGCUGUUCUUGGAGGUCUUGACUGGGAAACUUCUCUUUACAUGGCAACCAUCUUAAGCAUCUACAAGAUCCCUCAGAAUGGGUCUGUAGAACCCAGCCCUUUCUUUCCAGAAGAGCGACCAACUGUGAAAGGGGAACUAAUGAUCUCCUAUUGCUUAUUUCCUGCAGAGAUGAUGGCUAAAACACAGCUCACUUCCAUGUAUAGGAUGGUCCCCAGUGAAGCACAUCAGUUUAAUGGGAUCAUCCUGCUUCUCCUGCAUUUCCAAUGGAAAUGGGUUGGAAUCAUUGCGUCAGAGGAUGAUAAAGGGGAAAAGUUUGCGCAAUCUUUAGCCCAAUUGUUUUCCGGGAGUGCUAUUUGUGCUGCCUUCAAUAAAAAGAUACAAGUCCAGUCAAAUGGGUUAGGUGAUAAGAUCAUAGACUACAUUGUGGGCUUGGCCAAGUUCCUAACAGAAACAGAUGUCAAUGUAAUUGUUGUAAAUGCAGACACUAGGACUAUGUUAAUUUUACAGUGGGCAUUAACAGUGGUUGAAUGGAAUGCUCUUGCACCUCUGUGCAAAGUGUGGGUCAUGACAGCCCACUGGGACUUCUCAUCAGAGACAUUUCACAGGUUUCUGGAUACACAAGUCUUCCACGGGGCUUUAUCCUUGGCAAUUCACUCUAGUCAGGUGCAAGGGUUCAAAUCUUUCCUUCGAACCUUGAAUCCCUACUCUGAGGAAGAUGGUUUUAUCCGGAUCUUUUGGGAGCAGGCAUUUGACUGUGCGUUUCCAGAUACUGAUGUGGGUGAAGCGACUGGGAAUCGCUGCACUGGGGAAGAGAAACUGGAGGGCAUUCCUGGGCCUUUUUUUGAAAUGAGCAUGACUGGACAAAGCUACAGCAUCUACAAUGCUGUCUAUGCCAUGGCACAUGCUUUGCAUGCCAUGAUUUCAUCCAGAACCAAACACAGAAUAAUAGCAUGUGACCGUGGAUGGGAGCCUCUGAAGCUACAACAGUUUCAGCUUCACCAUUUUCUGAAGAGCAUCAACUUUAACAACAGUGCUGGGGACAAGGUGUCUUUUGAUGAGAAGGGUGAACUAGUUUCUGGGUUUGAUAUAAUCAACUGGAUCACAUUCCCAAAUAAAUCAUUCUUCCGGGUGAAAGUAGGAGAAAUGGACCCCCAAGCUCCAUGGGACAGAGAUCUCACUAUUGAUGAGAAGAUAAUUACAUGGCACAAUAGAUUUAACCAGGUUAUGCCUCUUUCUCUGUGCAAUGACAACUGCCCUGCAGGUUACAGCAUGAAAAGUAAGGAGGGGACGCCGUUUUGUUGUUAUGAUUGUGUCCGGUGUCCUGAAGGGAAGAUUUCUACCCAUAAAGAUACAGAUGAUUGUUUCAAAUGCCCAGAAGAUCAGUAUCCAAACAAGGAUAAAAAUGGAUGUCUUCCGAAGAGACUAAAUUACCUGGCUUAUGAUGAAUUCUUGGGCAUUACUUUGGCUGUUCUGGCUCUGUCUCUUUCUUUCACCACAGCUUUCAUGCUGGCCGUCUUCAUAAAGCAUUGGAAGACCCCCAUUGUCAAAGCCAACAAUCGACAACUCACCUACUGUCUGCUACUUGCCCUCUUGUUCUGUUUCUUCUGCUCCCUGAUGUUCAUUGGCAAGCCACAGAAACUGAGCUGCCUUCUACAACAAACUGCUUUUGGUGUCAUCUUUGUGGUGGCUGUUUCUUCUGUAUUGGCUAAAACUAUCACAGUGGUUCUGGCUUUUAUGGCAACUAAACCAGGAUCCAGGAUGAGGAAAUGGAUGGGGAAAGGAUUAGCUAAUGCUGUUGUUCUUUGCUGCUCAUUUAUUCAAGCAAGUAUUUGCUUGAUAUGGCUAUGUACUGACCCCCCAUUCCCAGAAGUUGACAUGCACUCUCUGGCAGAAGAAGUCAUACUUAAAUGUAAUGAAGGGUCAGUCCUCAUGUUCUCCUGUGUCCUUGCUUAUAUGGGAUUUCUGGCUCUUAUCAGCUUCUUUGUGGCUUUCUUUGCAAGGAAGCUUCCUGAUACUUUCAAUGAAGCCAAGUUUAUUACUUUCAGUAUGUUGGUGUUUUGCAGUGUUUGGCUUUCCUUUGUUCCAACCUACCUGAGCACCAAAGGGAAAUAUAUGGUGGCUGUGGAGGUCUUCUCUAUCUUGGCCUCCAGUGCUGGAUUACUGGGUUGCAUUUUUUCUCCAAAACUUUAUAUAAUUAUGCUGAGACCUGAACUGAACAGCAAGGAACUCCUCAUAAGGAGUAAGAACUGA